AUGUUGCAAUUUCUCUUAACACUCAUAAUCACAAGUUGUUAUUUUCAUCUAAAUAGCGCCGUCAUAAAUUUUGCUGAGGAUGAACAAUUUCCCUUUGAAGUGGUCAUUGAGGCAGAUGGCCUCGAUAUUUGUGGUGGUGCAAUAAUUUCAAAAUUUACAAUUAUAACAGCAGCACAUUGUAUCGAUGUUUUAGACUCGAAUUAUAUAAAAAUUAUUGCCGGAAGACACAAUUUCGAAGUUACACCGGUUGAACAUGAAGUAGACAAUACAGCUUUACAUCCCUUAUAUAAUAAAAAGAAUAGAGAAUUUGAUGUAGCUCUUAUAAAACUAUUGCAACCAUUAGAUCUGAGUCUCUCCAAUGUGGACUUCAUUGAAAUAGCAACAUCAAGUUAUUCAUUUGAUGCUGGUACAAAAGGAACUCUAGUUUAUUGGGAACUUGGAAAGGGUGCAAUGCUGUAUUAUACAGAGGUCGAAUUCUGGCAACAAGAUACAUGUUUAAAUUUUGUCACCGAAAUUUAUAGUAAUAUGUCACCAGCACGUAACGCUAUUAUUUGUACUAGCAUACCGGAAGGUUCGUGUAUAGACGAUCAAGCUGGAUCUUUGAUUGUUAACGAUGAGCUAUGGGGUUUAGUGUCGUGGCAUUUAGAUUGUGAUUCUGAAUAUAAACCAUUGGUAUUCACUAAUCUAGUGUUUGUUAAGAAUUGGAUAAAUGAAAAUACUAGACAUAAUUGA